AUGAACAAUAAGACGUUGGCCACAGAAGUGAUUCUUCAGGGAUUUUCAGAUGACAUAAAAACUAAUAUCUGUUUAUUUCCUAUAUUUUUCUCCAUCUAUGUGUUCUGUGUAGUUGGAAAUGUUCUUAUCAUAUGUCUCAUUAUAUUAAAUCCCUCCUUACACACUCCAAUGUACUUUUUCCUCGAGAAUUUGUCCUUCAUAGACUUGUGUUAUUCCUCAUUGUCUAUACCUAAGCUUCUCGUAGACCUCUUAUCCAUUCAUAAGACAAUAUCUGUCACUGGUUGUCUCAUACAGUUCAAAAUUAUCUUAUUGAUAGGAGCCACUGAAUGUCAACUUCUUGCCGUCAUGGCCUAUGACCGAUACAUUGCCAUCUGCCGCCCCCUUCACUACCACGUUCUCAUGCGGUGGAGUGUGUGCUGCUAUCUAGCGGCCUUUGUUUGGAUAUUUAGUUUGAUAAAUGUCAUCAUCCCGUCCCUUGCAAUGCCCAUAACUCUGUGUUUUCCCAACAAGAUCAACCAUUUCAUGUGUGAGGUCCUAUCGGUGCUGAGGUUGUCAUGCGAUGACACCUCUCUUCAAGAGCGAGUAAUAUUUAACAUGGGCUUUAUUGUUCUUCUUCUACCUUUCAUAUUAAUUAUUGUGUCAUAUAUUUCUAUUAUAUCUUCUGUAUUGAAGAUUCAUUCUGCAGGAAGAUCAAAGGCUUUUUCCACCUGUACUUCACAUAUUACUGUGGUGACAAUGUUUUUUGGAGCUCAAAUGAUGACUUACUUCAGACCACUGACUGAAUCAUUGAACCAGGACAAAUAUUUUUUUAUUUUUUGUGUUAUGAUAUCUCCAACGUUAAAUCCUCUCAUUUACAGUUUGAACAACAGAGAAGUUAAGAAAAUCAUUUUUAAAAUGUCUCUACAAUUACAGUAA